GCCAUGGAUGGUGAAGCACAGGUCGUUGUCUUCCUCUCAAAUUCACAAUCCUCCAAUUGAAUCCGUUUUUGGGAACUCAUGCUCUUGAGGCAUUGCACCAUGAUACCGCGGAUCUCUCGAAAUAUAACCUGGACGACAACAUGAUUAACAGCCAUGCCUCGAGCGCAGCUCCCUCGUGGUCCAGCGUAUCGACGGAAUUCCUGCGAGCGGAACUGGCACGGAGGGAUAAAGGCGCGACCAGACCCCAGUGCGGAUCGGGGAAUAAGGGAAGCUACAAUACUGCAGCGCACGUCUUUGCACUUGUGCUCAUCUUGGUUCUGAGCAUAGUUGCUUGUGGAUUUCCUCUGAUAUCCCGGCGAGCCUCUCAGAAUACUAAAGCUGGCAAAUUCAUCUUCCUCUCGCAACAUUUCGGCACAGGCGUUCUGAUUGCAACAGCUUUCGUCCAUCUCCUCCCGACAGCAUUCAUAUCACUAACAGACCCAUGUCUGCCAUAUUUCUUCAGCGAGGGCUUUCACCCUCUAGCGGGACUGGUUGCAAUGUUCGCCGCGUUGGUUGUGGUUGGUCUUGAGAUGUUUCUGACGACGAGGGGCGCGGGGCAUUCUCAUUCACAUUCGUGGGACGCAAUUCCAGAAGGAGAGCAGGAAGACACUUAUCAAAAUGGCUCUGCAGAACCACAGCGGAACAAAGGCAGGGGGAAGUUAGGAAAGCUGGGACUGCAGCACCGCUCACAGAACGUUGCAUUGGAAGACAUAGAUGCUUCGGAAGGGCUGGUUGCAGGAGUUUCACCACUACCAGUUUCUACCCCCGAAGCCGACGGGGAAGCUUCGAAAUACCGCGACGAAAAUGACGAUGACGAUGACUUCGACCUCGAUCUCGAUGAACUCGACCCAACCGGUGAGGCUUCUACGAGCUCAAAUACCGAUAUCGAAAACUCCAUACCCCGCAACAGAUCCGUGCUCUCCCCUGAGGAGGAACGUAGGAAACAAAUGCUUCAAUGUCUCCUCCUCGAAGCCGGCAUCUUAUUCCACUCAGUAUUCAUUGGCAUGGCUGUCUCAGUAGCCACCGGGCCCCCGUUUGUCGUGUUCCUGGUUGCCAUCUCCUUCCACCAAUCCUUCGAAGGCCUCGCUCUCGGUUCCCGCAUCGCAGCUAUAAACUUUCCCCCGCACUCCCCGCGCCCCUGGCUUAUGGUCCUCGCAUAUGGGACUACGACACCUAUCGGCCAAGCAAUUGGACUAAUCGUGCAUAAGCUGUACGAUCCGCAGUCGGCGGCGGGGCUGCUGAUGGUCGGAUUCAUGAACGGGAUUUCAAGCGGAUUGCUGCUCUUUGCAGGCCUGGUCCAAUUGCUAGCAGAGGAUUUCCUGAGCGAUAAAAGUUAUGGGAUUCUGAAGGGAAGGAGGAGAUGGGAAGCUUUCGCUGCAGUUAUUGGCGGGGCCUCUUUGAUGUCGUUGGUGGGCGCUUGGGCUUGAUUUCUAUUUCUCUUUUUUUCAUUUUUCUUUUGGAUCCGGGUGUUUUCUUGGUAUGAUAUCUGUAUAUGGAGCAUAUCGGGAGGCGCAAAUGGGUUCUUGUCAUCUUAAUUGGAUAGACGGAUGCGUGGAAUGUACGGAAUACUCUCUCUUAUCUAUGACGGGCUUGACAUAUAUAAUUGAGAAAUGGGAUCUGAAGGGUUGAUUACCCAGGUUGAAUCAAAGCUUAAGAUGCUCUUCAUAAUUAC